ACACACACACACACACACACACACACACACACAUUUAACACGUUGUCGUGUCGAUGGAGUUUGGGGCUGAGCGAACCGGUUUGACUGGAAACUUCAGCCCGGAAGUCAGACAAGAAGUUAACGCACAACAGCUAUAAUUAAGCCCUACAGGUGGCACAACUCUACAUCCGCUGGAAAAAGUAGAGCGCUGGUGUGGCGGUGGGUGGAGUGAGCAGUGAUCUGAUCGUCACUUCUUUUUGGGGACGACAAGAAGACACAAGCGGACGUCAAACAUGGACUCUCUGAAGAAAAGUUUCAACAAAGCGAAGGAAGGGGUAGUGUUCGCGGCGGAGAAGACUAAGCAGGGCGUGACGGGAGCUGCCGAAAUGACCAAAGAUGGGGUCGUGUUUGUCGGUACCAAAACAAAGGAUGGCGUCACAACAGUUGCAGGUAAAACAGUGGAGGGUGUGAGUCAAGUGAGCGGAGCUGUGGUUACCGGGGUGACUAAUGUUGCCCAAAAAACUGUGGAGGGGGCGGGCAAUAUUGUUGCAGCCACCGGAUUGGCCAAGAAGGAUCCAGCCAAACCAGGCGAGGACAACUCAGGCGGGCAGGAUGUGAUCCAGUCGCCGGUUGAUACCAACGUUGCCAACUCACCAGUGGACAACACAGCUUGAAGUGAAGGUUUUACGAAGAAAUGACCGUAACAUUCCAUGUUGCUCUGACAAGUUGGUCCUGUAUGUGUGUGUGUGUGUGUACUUAUGGUUGGAUGUGGGUUGUGUAUUCCUAAUAUGCGUCUGCAUAUCAGCAAAUGUACCUCAGGUGUCUUGUGUGGUUUGUAACCAAACGUCAUUGACAUGACAAUGCCACUUUAUCUUAACCGUGUGUGUGUGUGUGUGUGUGUGUGUGUGUGUGUGUGUGUGUGUAACCACCUGGAAUAUAUCACAACUACCCACCCAAGUGUCUAUGUAAACAGUUCUCUAGUUUUAUGGUAUACAAAUGUUUGCGUCCAUCUUGGAAUUUCGUCAGAUUAACUUUCCAAAUUACUGCCAUACAUCUUUAUUUGGAUUGUAGUGUUGAAUAAAAUGUAGUAAAGUUUCA